AUGACAAAUAUUUUCAACCAAGCGAGAAUUAAGCAGCGCUCUGUUGUCAUCACCCUUCUCGAUCUCAAGAAUGCUUUUGGUGAAGUGCAUCAUAAUCUAAUUCAAUCUGUCCUCGACUAUCAUCACAUUCCCAAAGACGUUAGUGAAAUAAUAAAGAGCUUGUAUACGGACUUCAAUACUGCAUUUAUAACAUCAGAAUUCUCCACCCCAUUUAUAACUAUCGGUCGUGGAGUUCUUCAGGGAGACUGCAUCAAUACCUUUAUUCAACAUAUAAAAUCUGACAAAUACCGGCAAUUUGGUUUCAUUACAAAUCUUUUAAACCCAGUCCAUUGGUUCCAGUUCGCUGAUGAUCCUGAGGUAAUAAGCGCUCAAGAUUCAGAAAAUCAACAUCUUUUAAAUCGAUUCUCGAUCUGGUCCCGGUGGUCUAACAUGAUUGUCAAAGUUGAUAAGUGUUCAACAUUUGGGAUCAAGAAAAGUCUGACAAAAUCUGUCCAAUAUUUACCUAAACUUCUGAUUAAUAAUGAAUUGAUACCUGCCACUAAAAUUGGAGAGUCGUUUCGAUACUUGGGGAAAUAUUUUGACUUCAGUAUGUCGGAAAAAGAACACAAACAAGACCUAAUCACUCUCAUGGACGACAUUAUGUCUGAAAUUGAUCUCAAACCUUUGCACCCAAAAAAUAAACUUUUGCUUUAUAGUCGUUACCUCCUAUCCAAACUUUCCUGGCAUUUCACUGUAACCACCUUAUCAAAAACCUGGGUCUCUGAAAAUGUGGAUUCUGUGGUGAAUAA